AUGGAUUCUUCUUCUUCUUCUUCUUCUUCUUGGGUUUCUUUCCCUUCCGCGCUAACCUUCAAAAACAUGCUAGCUUCGAAGACGGCUUCCAAUGAAAACAGACAAGAGAUCUGUUACUUGCAAAACGGAGGAGGCUUAGAAGUGGCUUUAAUGGAGAAUGCUACCUCUGAUUUUCUUGCUACAUUGCCUUCCAACCCAACCUUUGUUUCUGCCAUGCUUGCCUUGUUUAUGGCACAAUCAAGCAAAGUUUUCUUGAAUUUCUUUCCUAAGAGGCAAUGGAAUUUCAGACACAUGCUUGCUUCUCAAGGAAUGCCUUCUACUCGUAGUGCACUAUGUUCUGCUCUCGCCACUUCUGUUGCUCUCACUCAUGGCGUUGCUGAUUCCGUCUUUCCCGUUUCUUUGGGAUUUAGUCUCAUUGUGAUGCUUGAUGCUGUUGCUGCUAGAACACAUGUUUCCUACCAUGCUCUCGUGGUUAAUACGCUUGUUGAUGUAAUGUUUAAAGAUCACCGUAUUCUUGACAAGAGGCUAGAAGAAAAUGUUGGUGACACCCUUCGACAAGUCUUAGCUGGUGCACUGGUUGGUUCUGCAGUAGCCAUUCCCUGCUGUCUAGGUUGUGUUUUAGUGGGUUAG